CAUAAUUUAGUUCCUGAAUGAUAUGAUUUUUAAUGCCACCUCUGGUCUGGAGAUACCUAUCACAAACCUGGAUACAGCCAGGCAGAGCUGUCCAUUUCAGGUUCUUUGUCCUUAGUCGAGUGGCCAGCCGGCCAGUCACCAUGGCAACGAGUGUGAUAAUCAACAACCAACAUUCUCAGCCUCCUCAGCCCCAGACACCAGCUUUCAUAGCUGUCCACUCUAACCAGUGGAACACUGGCAUUUGUGACUGCUUCGACGACUUGCAAGUCUGCUGUUUUGCCUAUUGGUGCUUCCCCUGUUUCGCCUGCACCACCACCUCAGAGUUCGGAGAGUGUUUCUGUCUCCCCAUGCUGGACGGAUUAUGUUCCUCCACCCAGCUGGUAGGGGUGCCAACCUGCAUUCCUCCUGUGUCCAUGUCCAUGAGGGUGGCUGUACGUACCCGCUAUGGCAUUCAGGGUGACAUGACGGCAGACUGUGUGUACUCCACCUUCUGCAACAUCUGCUCCUGGUGCCAGAUGGCCAGGGAGAUCAAGAGACGCAGACAGACCUUCACCGUCAUCAACGCCCAGCCCACCAUGCUGCCCGGUCAGCCCAUGUUGAUGGCCUCCCAGCCUGGGGUCAUCACAUCUCAGCCUAUGAUCACCUCUGCCCCUCAGGCCAUCUUGAGCACUAGAUUCAUGUAACCUUUGACCCAAGACACAGAAACCACACUGGGUUAGCCACGCCCUCUGGUGGUGAUUUCAUAGAGGUGAUGUAAUGGAGGUGAUGCACAAUGUAUAAGACUUGAGGCAUUGGAAUUCAUGUAAAAUCUUGCACAAUUCCAGCAUUUACUAUACAUAAGGAUAGCUGUGAAAUGUAAGUAUCUACUCUUUUAACUAUGUCAAUCACCCAAUGCAGAUUGUUAUAUAAUAAUGAACAUUUGGUGGGUGCCUAUAUUUGUCCUAUUUCAUAUGUGCAAGUGUGUAUUGUAUGCAUGUAUGAAUUGGAAAUGUAUUUUUUGCAUAUCCCAACUCCCCCUGAGACACCCUCUGAGAGCGGGGUCACGGCCAGGGUCUGCCAUUAUCAACGGCGACCCUGGAGCAUUUAGGAUUAAGUGCCUUGCUCAAGGGCACAUCGAUUCACACAAUGUGACGUAAGUAAGCCUUCUGUUACCUUGAGAGCCAGACAGUUAUUAAUGUCUGUAGAUAAGGCCAGUAUCAGAGGGAGAGAGAGGGAGGGAGUGAGAGAGAGAGAGAGAGAGAGAGAGGGAGAGGGAGAGUAAGAGAGAGAGAGAGGGGAAGGCUGUAGCCCUCUCUGAUAGGACUGUGCUAACAGUCACAGUGACUCAUGUUCAUCAUUAAAUGUUUAUUUUUAUACUGCUGUGACCUCCCUCCCUCUGACUUUCCAAAACAGUAAAGGACGUUACUGUACUUUAGGGAAGAGUGGAGUCCAUCUCUAAUGUCAUGGAAUGUUGAAUAUGUUACAGUCCUACUGCAUUUAAAGAUUAAAACAUCAUCUACACAAAGAUAAUGUUAAUGUGUAAUGUUGCUUUGCCUGAAAUGUGUAUAUUCUCAGUUAAACUCAAUAAACAUUUAUCAAAAACAAGGA